AUGCUCGCCACUCCUUUCACCCAUGGUCUCAAACGUGCAGAGACGGAUCGUCCCUCGUUGAGCUCCUAUGCCACCAACAACAGUUCUUUGAACUUGAUUCCUUCCAACACCCCAGUCCCACAGACAAACCUGGCCCACGUGCCUGCCGCUCUUUUAUCCCACAUCCAUGCUACUUGUCGCAAGCGUAUAGCCACUCUGGAAUACCUUCGCAAAGUACAUGAAGGCCACAUCUACUACUUCAACACUCUCCUCUACACUCCCUCCAACCUAAAUCAAUUACCAUCCAUGCACUACUCUAAGCUGGGUCGCCGAGCCUCCAAUUACCUGCUUCUCGGCACCUCAAUACCUCCCCUCCUCGAUAUGAACUCCGAUAAUCCCUUGGACUACCUACGCUCUCUUGCUGCUCUGCUAUCAGAGUACGACACCUACCAACAACUCAACAAUCCUGACGCCUCGGUCGGUGCCCGUGGUCGCAUGGGCGCCAUGUUCAAGAGUGGUAUGCGCGGAGUCAAGGGUCGCAGAUCUAGCAGUGUCGCUAUCGAGAGCCUGUCCGAGUCGGUCGAGAGUGCCCAAUUGGACUUUCUGCCCAUGCCCCCCGUCUCGUCUGGGAAUUUGCCAGAAUUCACGUAUCUGCAGACUCCCUCUCUGCCUUUUGAUCCGGAUUUUCACACCGCUUUUGCGACUCUGGCCGAUAUUCUUAUCGACACAUAUUCUGGAGUAGUCCAACUCUUGCCAAACGCAGAGGCAAUAGGACCUGGUGUCGGUGAAGCCUUCGGCAAAGCAGACAAGAUUCUGCGCAAAGUGCUUGUGCAGAAUGCUACUCAGGAACUCGGUGACACGACUCGUCGCGAAGUUCGCACCGAGAUUGGUGGCCUCAGUCGACUGGUUUUGGGGGGUCUCAUGUGA